AUGGUAGUACAAGCCCAUUCAGUCAGGCAGUACAUAAAGGAUAAACCAACCAAGUGGGGAAUAAAACUGGGGGUACUUGCUGGUAGUUCCAGUGGUUAUACCAUAGACUUCAACAUUUAUAUUGGGAGAGAUGCUCCAGGAGGGAUCAGUAAAUUUGGGCUUGGGCGUGAUGCUGCUGUUCAACCUAUUUGUCCUUACUAUAAUCAAGGUUAUCAGCUGUAUAUUCACAAUUUUUAUACUUCAGUUCAUCUCAUGAAGCAUGCAUUUAUUUACUAUGUUCCAGCGAAUCUCAAGAAGGGAAAGCAAUGGGGCAAGGGUAAAGCCAGGGGUAGCAUGCGGUGGGAGAGGGCUCCGCCCUGCCUAGCCUUGGAGUGGGUCGAAAAUAAAGUGGUCUCUAUGAUCACCACUUCUGGUAAUGCUAAUGACACUGUUCAGGUAAAUCGCAAAAAGAGAUCUGGUGGUGUGUGGAGUUCAAAAGAGGUACCUCAGCCUGGGUUCUUCGCAAUGUACAAUCAGUACAUGAAUGCACUGGAUCGAUCUGACCAGAUUCUAACCACCCGCAGCGUGCAUCGCAAAGCUAUGAGGUGGUGGAAGACCUUAUCUUAUCAUAUGACUGAUAUUGGUGUUGCUAACGGUUUUAUUUUAUUGUUUUUAGAGAGCACCAGGCGAACAAUCCGGAUAAUCCUGCCCUCAGAAGGAGCGCCGAUGGUCCCCUUGCUUCAGCUGAUCAAACCAUAA